CCACUCAAGGCAGGGCAGGGGUCCGCAGCCAGCCCGCCACCUCAGCCAGCAAGUAGCCUGUGUGGAUGUCUUGGUUGGCAAACCAGUGGCGGGGAUUUCUGCGCUCCCAAGCUAUCACGAGGUGGCAGGUUACCAUGGGCCCCUUGUUCUGACAGGCUUGGGGGGCCCAGCUGGGGGAGCUAGGCUGAUGCUCCGCUCUGUCCUUCCCCCUCGAUGGCCCCAUGUCGAUGCUGAGUACGGUCAGCACUGUUCCUGGCAGCCCCCUGCCCACCAGGGAGCUGGAUGGAGAGGCUCAGCCUGCUAAGGUUGCUCACUCUUGGCCUUGCUGCCUUUGUGCCCAUCCCCAUGCUGCUCCCUGCAGCUCCCACAGGGCAGGAGAGAUGCUGUGGGCUCUGCCUCUGCCAUCUGCGCCCCUGCCUGUGAGGGUAGCGGGCUGGAGCUGGUCCCAGGGGACUUGUUUGGUGACAACAGGCACUGCUUGGGAAGUGCCCGCAGGGCCUUUGAGCCCCUUCACCCAUGGAACUCUCCCACUGCCUGGCUCAGAGCUAUGGCACGUGUGUGCCCCAGCCUGGGUAGGUGGCGCAUCCCCCUUGUUGUCACUCAGCAUGUCCCUGUUGUGUGUUUCAGUGUUUCCAGCGUGGUCUGUGCCCUGGGGCUCUCAGCAGGCCUCAUGCUGCAAUCGUCCCCAGACCUGCUUUGAGGCUGGCCGUGCAGUGUACCCAGAGGGCUGCUGAGGGGUCUGUUGUGCAACAGACCUGUCUGUGUCCUGUCUGGUCACUCUGUCCUGUUUCUAUAUUAAAGUCACCUGGGAUCCUCACCACCCUGCUUGCUCCCUGCUGCCUGGCAUCCCUCUGCCUGGCAUGAGGGCACAGUGGAGGGAUCAUGCUGGCUCCCUGCAAUGGCAUUCCCACUGUUCUGGAGGAGUGGAGCUGACACUGAGCAAGGCAUAAACCUCCUGCCGUGCCCCCAUCCCUGUGGUGAGGCUAGAUGCCCCUGCCGUGUGGGUCUGUUGGUCAGACCCUUGCUAGAGGGUCAUCUAUCUCCUGGCCUUGGUCUGGGACUGGUCCCCACCAGGCUCAGGCAUUGAGGGUCUGUCUCUCUCUUGGAAGAGAUGGUUUUGAGGAUCACAUGGGCUGGGCAUAGGGCAGAGGGGCAACGGUGUCCCGUCUAACGGUGAUGCUGUUGCCUCCUCCCCCAGGGAAGUGUUUUCUCUACUGCAACGGGCUUAUGGACCAUCUGUACGUCUGCCAGAAUGGCAACGGCUGCACUGCCUGGUAUAAGGCCCCCACCCGCUUCACUGGCACGCUGGAUGCCUUUGUGAAGAUCACACGCUACGAGGGCAUCAGGUCUCUGUGGAGCGGCCUACCUCCCACCCUGGUCAUGGCUGUGCCAGCCACUGUCAUUUAUUUCACCACCUAUGACCAGCUCCGGGAUUACCUGCAUGCUCAGACAGGGAGCCAGGGUCCCCACAUUGCCUUGCUGGCUGGGGCCCUCGCCAGGUUGGGUGCUGUGACGGUCAUCAGCCCCUUGGAGCUCAUCCGCACCAAGAUGCAGUCCCGACAGCUCAGCUACCGGGAGCUGGGCCUCUGCAUCCGGUCGGCAGUGGCUCAGGAUGGCUGGCUGUCCCUCUGGAGGGGCUGGGGACCCACUGUGCUGAGAGAUGUCCCCUUCUCGGCACUCUACUGGUUUAACUAUGAACUGGUGAGGCAGUGGCUCUGUGGUUGGGCCCAGCUGGAGGAGGCCUCAUUCAUGAUAAGCUUCACAUCUGGGGCCAUCUCUGGGAUGGUGGCUGCAGUGCUGACGCUACCCUUCGAUGUGGUGAAGACCCAGCGGCAGAUCGAGCUGGGAGACAGCGAGGUGCACCCAGUCACAACCUCCAAGCCUUCCUCAACCUGGCUGCUCAUGCAGCGCAUCCGCGCUGAGUCUGGUACCCGAGGGCUGUUUGCAGGCUUCCUGCCCCGUGUCAUCAAGGUGGCACCUGCCUGUGCCAUUAUGAUCAGCACCUAUGAAUUUGGCAAGACCUUCUUCCAGAAGCUGAACCAGGAUCGGCGGCUGCGGGCAUUGUGAACUGGGGCUGGGGCAGGGCUGGCUGUGGCAGUGCUGACUGAAGAACGCCCAGCAAGGUGCCCCAGGAGCAGCAAUCGGCACUCGGCUGUGCAAAGCCCAAGUGCCUUGGUGCUUUCCUCUGCCUCACCACUCCCUGUGCAGAGGGCCCUCCCCAGCUCCACUGGGGGAUGUCAGUGCCUGCUGCUGGGACACAGGGUGGGGAGGAUGCAGAGUCACCUGUGCUCAUCUGUUGAGGCUGGACAGAUGCUGCUGCUGGAUUCAUGGGUGCUCUGGUGAGAACAGGGUGCCCUGGGAGACUCAGCAGGGCAGAAGAUAGGAGCUGAGACUCUGGUGAGGACCAAAUCCUUAGGGGCUUGUCCACAGGCGCCUCCUGGCCCCAAAACCCCCUCCUCUGGAGUCUGUCCCUCUUUGCCCUUAGUCACGCACAGUGUCCCCUUGCCAGUUCUCUAUGGCUCGGGGACAUGCCAGCCCCCUCUUCCUGCCUCUGGACUGCUCAGGGUGUCCCUGUCUGUCCCCUGGCAGAACCUGGGCCUGCACUUUGUGUGGGGACAGACCUUGCUGCUGCUCUGGGGGUGCUGGCAGGUGCUCUGGCAGCAAACCUCUGCCUGUGCCCUGUCCCUUCACCGAGAGGGGCCCUCCUUGACCUGGGACUCCAGGGGGAAAUUUCUCUUAUUUUCUUAAAUAAAAUAGUAUUUGUCUCUUA